GACGGCGGCCCAAGGGAGGAGCCGCCAGGCCGCAAUACAAACAGGCCCCAAGUGUUUGGAUGACCCGGAUAAUCCCGCCCCUUCCCAGAGCCGAGCCGGAAGUGGGCGGGACGAGCCGGAAGAAGGCGCAAUGCUUUCGGUGGGCACUCCAGGGCUGUGAAGAUGGCGGCGGCUGCGUGGCUUCAGGUGCUGCCUGUCACUCUUCUUUUGCUAGGGACUCAGCCGUCCCCACUGUCAUUUUUUGGUGCAGGCCCGGCUCCUGUGUCUGCAGCCGACCGCUCCAAGUGGCACAUCCCGAUACCGUCGAGAAAGAAUUAUUUUAGCUUCGGAAAGAUCCUUUUCAGAAAUACCACUAUCUUCCUCAAAUUUGAUGGAGAACCUUGCGAUCAAUCUUUGAAUAUAACCUGGUUUCUUAAAAGUGCUGACUGUUACAAUGAAAUCUACAACUUCAAGGCUGAUGAAGUGGAGACAUAUUUGGAAAAUCUUAAGGAAAAAAGAGGCUUGUCUGGGAAAUAUCUAACGUCAUCAAAGUUGUUCCAGAAUUGCAGUGAACUCUUUAAAACACAGAGCUUUUCUGGGGAUUUCGUGCAUCGACUACCUCUUCUAGGAGAAAGACAGGAGGUUAAGGAGAAUGGAACAAAUCUUACCUUUACUGGAGACAGAACUGCAAUGCAUGAACCAUUGCAAACUUGGCAAGAUGCACCUUACAUUUUUAUUGUACACAUUGGCAUUUCAUCCUCAAAGGAAUUAUCAAAAGAAAAUUCAUUGAGUAAUCUUUUUACCAUGACUGUUGAAGUAAAGGGUCCCUAUGAAUACCUCACUCUUGAAGACUACCCGUUGAUGAUCUUUUUCAUGGUGAUGUGUAUUGUCUACGUCCUGUUUGGUGUUCUGUGGCUGGCAUGGUCUGCUUGCUACUGGAGAGAUCUCCUGAGAAUUCAGUUUUGGAUUGGUGCUGUCAUCUUCCUGGGAAUGCUUGAGAAAGCUGUCUUCUAUGCAGAAUUUCAGAAUAUUCGAUACAAAGGAGAAUCUGUACAAGGGGCCUUGAUCCUUGCAGAAUUGCUUUCGGCAGUCAAACGCUCACUGGCUCGAACUCUGGUCAUCAUAGUCAGUCUGGGAUAUGGUAUAGUCAAACCUCGUCUUGGAGUUACUCUUCACAAGGUUGUGGUAGCUGGAGCCCUUUACCUUUUGUUCUCUGGCAUGGAGGGGGUCCUCAGAGUUACUGGGUAUUUUUCUAACACCUUGGCUCUGAUAGUAAACCUGGCCCUCUCAGCAAUUGAUGCCUGUAUUAUUUUAUGGAUAUCCUUUCACCUGACUCAAACAAUGAAGCUAUUAAAACUCCGGAGGAAUAUUGUAAAGCUUUCUUUGUAUCGACAUUUCACGAACACGCUUAUUUUGGCAGUAGCAGCAUCGAUUGUGUUUAUCAUUUGGACAACCAUGAAGUUCAGGAUAGUGACAUGUCAGUCGGACUGGCGGGAGCUGUGGGUGGAUGAUGCCAUCUGGCGAUUGCUGUUCUCCAUGAUCCUGUUUGUCAUCAUGGUUCUCUGGAGGCCAUCAGCGAACAACCAGAGGUUUGCCUUUUCACCGUUGUCUGAGGAGGAAGAAGAGGAUGAACAAAAGGAACCUAUGCUGAAAGAAAGCUUUGAGGGAAUGAAAAUGAGAAGUACCAAACAAGAACCAAAUGGAAACAGUAAAGUAAACAAAGCAGAAGAUGACUUGAAAUGGGUAGAAGAGAAUGUUCCUUCCUCUGUGACGGAUGUAGCACUUCCGGCCCUGCUGGAUUCAGAUGAGGAACGAAUGAUCACACACUUUGAAAGGUCCAAAAUGGAGUGAAGACUGGGAAGAUUGGCAGCUGAAAAUGGCUAGUAUCAUGGAAGAGGCUAACCCUGUGUCAUUCUUCCACACUGCUCUGUGGGAUUAAAGGAAGCAGUGACAUCUGAUCUGUUCCUUGAUCUUUUUGCACUGGAGCUGGCGAGAGGUGUUGAAACAAGGAGAACAUCUGACUGAAAACAAGUUCCUCAAAUGAGAAAGAUCUGCAAGCUUUUGAUUUAUAACACUGAUGUUCCUUUCCCUUUCAAGCCCUGACAUGGAUGUUUAUGCAACAUAUGUAUGUUGUUCCUGAACUUCGUAUGUUCCGGUUGUUUAAUCUGUGAGACUAAAACGUUUAACAUCUUCAAAAAGGACUGUGUCAUCAACAUCAUGUUAUAUAAUCUCCAGGAGCAACUACCUGUAAUUUUUAUUUAUUUAGGGAGUUACAUGGGUAAUGGGGAAAAUUGUUGAUUAUUUUCUGGUUUUCUGGGAAGUCAAAGUUACAACUUGCAGAGGUGGUUUUGAGAAGAAAAGGGGCCCCUUCUGAGUUCAGGAGCCAUGGUUGUAUAAAUGAAAGGAAAAUCUGUUACAGUGUGAUUCAGAUCAUAUAAAGCAAAAUCAAGUGCAAUUUUGUUUACAAGAUGGUGUAUAUUGAAGAUUUUUUUUCUAUUUCAGAUGUACUCUAAAGAGAAAUAUUAGCUUAACUCUUUUGACAUGUGCUAUUGUGACAUAUCCCAUUGCUGGCAAUGUGGUGCACACUCCAGAAACUUUUAACUACUGUUUUGUAAACCUCCAAGGGCACUGUUGCAGAGUCCAGGCAGUGCUGUGUUUGCCUACAUGCUUUUCAUUGGGUGUUGCAUUAGCUGCAGAGCCGUACUCCGUCUCAAGUGCUGAGAGAGAGCGUCCUGCCAGAGCACCAGUAAUGCUUCAGAAGAGGGAGCUGAUAGGAAGGAAACGCUUCUGAAUCAGUGAUGUUUCUUAUCUUAGGUGGUGGGGAGGUGCUAGAUUGCUCCUUCUUAAGGACUGGAGGAAUGACUGUUCCAUAUCUGGUGUUAGAUUAGAAGCUGUUCACAUGGGACGUCACAAGGUGACGGGAUUCACUUGAAAGCACUAUAUUUCUGUUUCAAUGGUUUUACCCAGUUUGCCUUUCCCAAGAUUUUUGUUCUACAUAAAAUUUCAUGCCACUUUUUAAUAUAAAAAAUUAAACAAAAAUUAAUAUAU